AAAUUUCCGUAAGGUAAAGUUCAUAGUGGCUGAAUUAUAAAAAAAAAAUACUUCGGGGACCUGUAAAGCUAUGACCGUUGCCAACGAAAUUGAUGCAUUGAAAUAACUUGUAUAACGACCUUUAACGAGCCAGUAUUCCGGCUACCUUGACCUAUUGAUCACAUCAAAGCUUUGAAGAUAAUAGCUUUGGAAUAGUCAGAUUCUUUUAAAAUCUUUGAAUCAAACCGAAUUGAAAUAAAGAUCCAACUAUUGAUGCAGUCUAUGAUGGUAGUUAUGAAACCUCCUCUAAUGAUUACACUUCCACUGACACUAUAAAAUGUUACCUAUCGACUUGGAAAUUUUGAAGCAACAUACUUAGCCUUGGAUCAUAAUUAUAUGUGGACGCUGAAGAAUGAUCAUAGAGAUGGUUAUUCACGAGUAUGCUAAAAAGCUGUCUUCACUAGUUUAAAUGAUGCUAAACGCUAAAUCAUUAUUUUUCUGAGAGAAAUCACAACGUAAGAACUUGAAUUAAUGAAAAAAAAUAUGGUUGAUAAUAUAAAAAAAAAUUACGAAAAUACUUUAUGAAUCUUUUGUAGAUGAAUAUAAUAAUAAUCUUCAUUUUUAUUUGACUUUAUAAAUUAUGCAUACUGAAGUAUGAAAGUUCUUUUAUAGAUUCUAGAUUCAAAGCUAGAGGGUGGUAUGGAAUGAACGUUUUGAAUCACAUGAUCGAACCAGCUUUUGAUAAUUUUAUUGUGUGGAGAGAGCAUCAAAUGAUUGGAAAAUUAUAAUUGGACAAUAAACAAUUGAAAGUAAAGGUGAUGAAGUUUUCAGACUCGUGAAGAUUGUUUAGAAUUUGAUGCUAUGGAUGCAGGACGUAAAUGGGAGGGAGAAAGCGGAAUUAAGUAUUUGAAUGAUUCUUUAUUAAAGAUAAACAAAUGUUGAAGGAUGUGAUAGCGCAAUUACAAUUGCAUAAGGAAAAGAAGGUCUAUUAAGAAAAUUGCAAUUGAUCAAUAUUCUUAAUGAAGCUAACGGAAUUCAAGUCAUUUAAAAUGGGAUAUUUUUAUCGUAUCCAACAUAGAAAGGUUCGUGUAGUUGCUGGACAUUUAACUACUUCGGAAUUGCAUGCUUUGUAUUGAAAGAAAUAUUAUGUGCCAAAGCUAUUGUUAGACAGACGUUGGCGUAAUAAACAAGAAGAAUAAUUAAUUUUCUUGAUGAUUCCGUUGACGAAGGUGAAUAUCAUGCACCUCUCAAGAUUGUUAUGCCAUCAUCAAUUUUCAGGACCCUGAAAUCAAAACGUACUAAGAAUAAAUUAUGUAUUUGUGUAUUAUAUAUAAAGUUUAUCUUGACUAUGUGACGCAAAUUAGCCAUUUGAUAAUUUUAUACCGUGCUAUAAUUAUUGUUUUCUUAAUAACAAUUGGAACAUUAUCUAUAUGCAUAUAUGAAAAUUUUAUGCUAAUCAACUAUUACUACUAGUUAUAGUUAAUAGGGACUGGAAUCAAUUCAAUCAAAAAUCGAAACCCGAG